AUGGAAGCGCCACCAUAUGACGAGCUACCCGUGAACUCCUGGGAAAACGACGAAGAGGACGCGAAUGAACUGCGGAGUUUUUUUAAAGCAACUGGGUUGGCUCGAAAUGCAUGCUUGGCUCACCUCCUUCAGUUGGCUGUGAAGGAUGCAUCUACUCAAUGUCAAAUUGUUAUGCAAUUGGUGAAAAAAUUAACGGAAGUUAUAACUUUCUUCAAUCGCAGUAGCCAUCACUCCACCAAACUGAAAGAACGGGCUGGCUACAGUUUGGUGAAACCAUGCACUACGAGAUGGAACUCCUUGUAUCUGGGAUUUCAGAGAUUACAGCAAAGUUCCAACUUGAACAAAGAGGAGACCGUCGCAGAAAGUGUUAACGCGAUUCUGCAAGAAGCAAGGCCGCAGCCGUCAUUACGAAAAAAGUCAACCCCUAAAACCAAUAAAGGCAGCCAAACUGACGAACUUCCAAAUCGAUUGUCUAAAGUUCCAGUUGGAUUUACACAGGCGGAUAUUACGAAUAUGAAGACAAUCGUUGAAUUACUGCAACCCCUAGCGGAUCUUACGGAUCAAUUGCAGGCUGAUAAGAUAACAUCUUCAAUAGUAAUUCCUGGGAUUAUCUCAGCUGUGGCAUCGUUAGAAGAAAUUGAAGUUGAUGAAGGCGACGACUUUGACGAGCUUGACGAUUUUAAACAAAACCUGAUAAGCUGCGUAGUAGAUCGAUUUACAAAACUAACUGGAACUGCAUUCAAGACACAAACAAAAUCUAAUCCCAAGAAUAAAUCAACAACUUGUGAAGUUACUGGAGAAAGUUAUGACGAAGACGGCUUAGACCGAGAUGAUCAUUCUAAGGCCACAAAAAAAACGACUAGCAUUUUUUCGGUAGACGUGUUCCACGACCGAAAUUUUAUUUUGGCGACUCUUUUGGAUCCACGCUUAAAGCACGAACCGUUUAAAGCCGAUUUUUUGGACGAUAAUUCAGCGCUUCAUGGCAAACUCCCCAGUCUUGAUUAUGUCAAAAAUGUUCUGAAAGACUAUGCUCAGAUGGCGAAGGCGGCUAGCGUUGUUACAACAAAUUCAGAAAGCGUGGAUGACACUAGCGACGAAGCGCCUCCAGUAAACAAGAAAACUAAAAAAUCUGUAUUUUCAAUGAUUGCGGCUAGGAAGAAGAACGAUUCUCUGCCUGAAAUGUUUGAAGAAGUUGAUCGCUAUUUGAAUCUACCUCUCGCUAGACAGGACGAUUGUCCGAUUUUAUACUGGAAAUCUGAAGCAGAACGAUUAUCAACUUUGGCUACGUUGUCCCAACGCUUCCUCUCAAUUCCUGCCUCAUCUGGAGCGGUGGAAAGAUUGUUUUCGGUGGCUGGAGCUAUUGGAAGAAGUCAACGCGCUUGCAUUCGAAUAAGCACAAUGGAAAAAGCUCUUUGUGUGAGGCAAUACUUAAUCAACAAGCACCAUCAAGUUAAUGGAUAA